AUGACAUGGCUCUUUAGAGAAGUCGACAGCGCUAGCGUUAUUAUUGCGGUGCUGACACAUUGGGAUGCGAAUGACAAGGAGGUCUCACGAGCUGCUGUCGUGCGAACUAUAGAACUACUCGGAAGCGACAUGUCUUGUUGUGUGCUUACUGUGGGAGAGAUGUGCUCGUUGAUGAAUAAGCUGGCUGAAAGGCACAUCCGAGACAAAAAAUUACUUCCGCUCCUGUCGGCUAGGAUUACAGAGUUGGUGCUAGAUAAUUCAAUAGCAAAGAAAGAUGGAUUUUCUCAUAACCCAUUAUGGAAAUAUUUUCCAGUCAUCAUUCCGCCUUAUCUGUCCGUCAACUUGUGUCGUUAG